CCGAAGCCGGCCGGAAACGCCCGAAGCCGGCCGGAAACGUCCGAAGAGGGGCGAAGAUGUCUGCAUCGCUGCUGCGGAAGGGCCUCGACCUCCUGGGGACCCCGCCGGAGCGCCGCGUCCCCCCGGGCACCCGGGGUAGGGGCCAGGGCUCCACCAAGGCCUCGAGGCUGCAGCCUUCGCAGAGGAGGAGCGGGUGGAAGAGGAAGGCGGCGCCCAAGCUGAAGCAGCCCACCGUGAAGGGGAAGGUCGCCAGGUCCGUCGUAGAGGAGUUCCGGAAGCACAGGGCCAGGAAUCACCUGAAGGCAAACCUGCGGUUCAUGAGGCACACCUGUGACAUCGCAGACCCGCAGGUCACCAAGAUUCUGAUGCAAAACCAGGGCAGGAAAGCCAAGGACCAGCCCGCAAAGAUGGGGAAGAAGCAACAGCGGCCCCAGGGCACCGUCUUUACCGAGGAGGACUUCAGGAAAUUCGAGAGGGAGUAUUUUGGGACCACGGGAGCCAAAUGACGGACCCGGAAGGAUGGCCCGGUCGGGACUUGGGGGGCCGGGGGUUCGGCCCGCACUCGGCUCGGGGCCGCCCGUGUGGCUCUCGGUCGGGUCGGGAUCCGGUCGGGUGCCGGAGCGAGAAUGGCAUGGAGCCCCAUGGCUCGGGAUUCCAGGAUUCCGGUAGGGUCUGGAAUCCCGGCCAGAGCUGGGCACCCUGUCCGCUGCUGCUGCUCCUGCUACUUCUCCACCACCCUCCCCAAUCUGCCACUAUCACAGGAUGGAGAGCUGGGCCAGGAGGCGGGGACCUCCCACCUCCUGACCUGGGCGGGUCCCCAAGCGUGAGCCAUGGGACACGGGUAGGUGGAAGAAAACAAUUUGGCUUCUUCCGAUUGUUUCUUUACUCAUGGGGAUCCAGAAGUCCCAGAGCACCUUGGUUUCUGGGCCUUUGCCCAGCCUGCCAGGGGGAGGAGGGGAGAGCGUCUUUCCUCCUUCAACUUGGUCAUCCUAGCCUCCCAAUCACCUUUCUCUCGAGUUGGUGUGAAAACACAAAUAAAGCAGCGCUGGCCGGUA